AUGGCCGCUCGCAUACGGCCACAUCCUGCCAGGGGCCGCUUGGGCCAGGACGGCGAUCUCACCUGCGAUGGCUCUGCAGGGAAAUGUCGGAAUUCCUCCGAGAGCCAUAAUUGUGCCAAAAGUAUCCUGACCUCGGACAGGCUGCAGGUAGUUGUGACCCUUUCAGCGUUCUUUAAUGACACCUGGGAGGCAGCCAACUGUGCAAAUUGUAUAAAGAACAACAGUGAGGGAUUAUCAAAUUCUACUCGAGAAUUCAUGGAUUUGUUCAAUAAAUCUCUGACAUGUUUUGAACACAACCUUCAGGGACAAGCCGUGGAUCUAUCACCAAAUAACUACACUGAAGUGUGUAAAAACUGCAAUGGAACCUACAAAAGUUUGAAUGACCUCUAUAACAAGUUGCAAAGGCUGAACAGACAUGGUGAUGAGUCUGGGCAUUCCGCACAUUUGUGUAUCGAUGUGGAAGAUGCAAUGAACAUCACUCGGAAGCUUUGGAGCAGGACUUUCAACUGCUCUGUUCCCUGCAGUGAUACAGUCCCAGUGAUUGCCGUUUCGUCCUUUAUCCUCUUCCUGCCUAUUGUUUUUUAUCUUAGUAGCUUCCUUCACUCAAAGCAGAAGAAGCGGAUACUCAUUUUGCCCAAACGUAUCCAGUCAAAUGCCAGUCUUGUGAACAUCCAAGAAAAAUACAGCUGAGCUGCAAAACAAAACCUGAGAACUGCUGCUGGUAUACAGUGGGUACAAUUGUGUUGGAAUGAGGCCGGCACAAAAGAGGAGUUAAUUAUGGUUUAGAGUAAUGAUACAGAGCAACACAAGUUAAACAAAAUGCUGUCUGACUUCUAAGCAAGGAUAUUAACAAACAUGACAAGGCAGGGCUGUGUGACACUGUGUGGACUCCAGUUUUGAAAAAUCUGUGUUUUUUUCCAGUCUCAGGCUGAAGCUGGUGUUUUUCUGUGUCUAAGCCUUUGUAUUUCUCACCACUGGAAUACUUUCUUGGCACGUUUUUUUCCUCUUUUAUUUAUUGUACUAGUUUCACAGAAACCUGUCUGAGAUUCUGAAUCUUUUUGAAAUGGUUUUCAUAGACAGGAAAGACUUGAAUUAGCAUUUGAUAUUCCUGUUUGAAACAUUAUUUCCAUGUAAUAGAUGGCCUUGGGAUCGGCAGAAAACUUCUGAAAAAUAAAAAUUCUCUUCUGAUACCUCUUGCUAAAGUCAUACAGCUGCUGAGUAGGUUGUAAAGGUCUCUGUGAAAAACAUGAGAUCUGCAGUGGAAGUGGUAAUAUAUAAUGUCCAAAGCCAGCAACAAAAGCAACAGAACUGCCAACGCUAGACAUGAAUAGCAAUGAUUAAUGACUACAGUAUUGAGCUAUUUCAGAAACAGGCAGCAUAUUUACUCAUUUGCACACUUGAACCACUAAGUAAAAUAAUUGCUCUUUAUAUGUUAAAUUUUCAGAGGCUUAUUCUAAUGUGUGCCUGGGUAAUUGAGAGUAUCACUUUUUUUUUCUA